AUGCUCAUUCGUGGUUACAAGAGAACUUUUCGUGACUUCAGUACUGCAGAGAACAAGGCGAGGAAAAGACGCGAUUGCAGUGCUUCGUCUAACCACAUGGAUGAUAUCAAUUCGGAUGACAAUCGUUCAGAGGAAGAUUGGAAAUCAGACAAUCCCGAAGAAGAUUUGCAGCAAAUCAGUGCCAAACACUACAUGACAGACGAACUUGCUUCCAGAUGGUACAGAAUGAUGUUGAAGACAGUCGAGCUUCUGACAGAUGAUUGGCUUGCAGUUCUGCCUUCUUACUUUGGAGGACCCAGACAAGCUCGUUUAUCUCGUGAGAUCGAAUUGACAUCUGUGGUUCAGAAGCUGCAAGAUUUGAGCUCCGACAUUGUCGACAUGUGCAACGAUAAAUUACUUUCAAAAAAACAGUCUGAGGCAUUGACUGAAAGAAUCCGCAAAAAACGCAAACUUCUGAAAGGCCUGCUGUUCUUGGACUCGUCUUCUAUACGCAAUCAUAUGAAGCGUUUCAGCAUGAAUUUAAACACCUUGCAGACUUUAUUGGAAAACGGCUGUCUCCUUGAGAGUGAGAUCGUGCAGCGUGGAUGGCUCGUUCUCAAUUUCGAUGCAAUGCCGGAUGAGGUGUUUGCAGAGAUGAUCGAAAAUAAACAACGGGAGCCCACUUAUGCAGGGCACGAUGUGUGUCUACGCUUCAAUUUCAUUCCCAACGCAUUACAAGAAGUUGUGAAGCAAGCCAAAGAGCGCGGUUUUCAUUUGCUGAUCAACCGCUACACGUACAACAAGAAUCAUGGAAUCUCUUUUCACGAUGACAUUAAAGAAGGAUAUGAUGUGGACAAAGAUCCCAUUACUUCUUUCUCCUGCCGACUCGGGUCUUUGCUGGUUAUCAUCUCCAGCAGAGCACCAGAGAAACAAGAGAAGACCGAGGGCAAACGUGCGUUUGUUGUGUAUCAGCCUCCGGGAACAAUUCUUGUGAUGGGCGGCAAGUUUCAGAGAGCUUACAAACAUGGUGUACCAAGUUUUCAGGAGAUCAAAGAGCUUCUUGCUUGUGCAGACGACUUGACUACUUGGGACGGUGUGAAACUAAAAUUGGAGUGGUUUUCGAAUUCGAAAGACUUGAUGCGACAGGAAGUUAGACGUAUUGACGCCUUGAAUCUGGUCAACGAGCAAGACGCACGUUGGAACGUCACAAUGCGAUGGGUGAGAAAUCAUUCACAGCCUUUCUGUCCUCUAAAUCCCCGACUCUUGGCAAAUAUCAGUCGACUGGAUGAAGAAAAUCAUCAGCGGAGGAAUCAGCUGAAGCAGCUGAAACUGUUGAACCCGGUAUUGCAGAAAAAAACUGCAGAGCCAAAGGCAAAGGCCGCUAGCCCGGCAUUUGCUUGGAACCCGCCCGGAGGAAACAGAGCUCGUCCAAGCAAAAGCGGAACACAGGAUGUGAAUCCGGGGAGGGAAACCGAGGAGAAAGAAUCGGAGAAAGAUUCAGAAAAGGAAUUAAAUGAGAUAUUUGACUUCGUUUCUAUUAUUUCUGAUGCCCUGGAGCUGCAGAUAUUAUCAGACGAUCAGAUGAUUGGCAUGGCAUUGUGUGCCAGCCAGCAAAUUCGCAAACAUCGUUUCUCCACAUUUCAGAAACAGUACAAUCUUGGUUACAAUUUGUACAACAAGAUUUCGGCAGCGAAUAUGAAAGUGAAAGAGGAUUUAGAUCCGUUACUCGAGGCUGUAGAUCGGAAACUGAGGAGAUUGAAAAACUUGCAGAUGCUUAUUGAGCUUUUGUGGUUGGACAGCGAAGGUCAGGGCAAUUUCAUGAGCUGUACUACUCUGAACCAGCAGCACGAGUUCAACAAGUCAAAUGAUCAUCUGGAUCGGGUUGUGAUGUCCUUCUUUGACUUGAACGAAUGCUUGCCUGUGGACGGCUUUUUGAGCUGGGAUCACAUGAUUGAUGAAGGAUGGCUGGUGUUCAAUUUCGACACUUUACAGGACAAUCGAAAACCCAAAGCGGAGGUAACAAAAUCGAAGAAAGGUUCACCGGUCGUAGCUGAUGUCACAAUGACAGGGAUCGUCAAAGUGAGCCAAUUUGACAUCCUGUAUAUCAAGAGAGAAAAUAUUUUGCCAGAGCAGUUCCCUUUGCGAGUGACAUUUCUUGCUGAUGCAUCAAAGAAUGUUGCUGCAAAGUGCAAGGACAAGCAAUCUUUGAGCAGUCAGGAACAAUUGAAACUGUGGAUGCAACAGCUGAUGAACUUCGUCGCGGAAUUGGAGGAAGAAAAAGGUUUCAGUCCACUUUUAGAUCGAAAAGGAUUCAUGAAAACCUGCAAAAUCGUACUGUGGACACUUCCUCUCUCUGACGCUCUGGAAUAUAAGAAUAAGAAGCAAAAGAAAGCUUCGAAUACUCGCGGUUGA